GCACCUAACUGAUGCCGGAGUAGCAACAGUCUACUGUUGUCUCUAAAGCACUCAUGGGAAGUACGUCUAUCUUGUGAUACAGACCUCCACGAAGAUGAACAUCAGUACCCCCAGCAUGCAGCUGGCUGAAGAGAGCCUGCAGGAGACCUACAAUGGAACAGGAAACCUGGUUUUGCCUAGUGGGGCUCUAAUCCACACUGCUACUCUAGUUACCUGCUCGUUCCUGUUGGUCAUCAUAUUCUGUCUUGGCUCCUAUGGUAACCUGGUAGUCUUUUUGUCUUUCUUUGAUCCAGCUUUCAGGAAGUUCAGGACAAACUUUGACUUCAUGAUUCUGAAUCUGUCGUUCUGUGAUCUCUUCAUCUGCUGCGUCACGGCACCCAUGUUCGCCUUUGUGCUGUUCCUUGACUCAGGCAGUGGUGUGUCUAAAGAGUUCUGCUUCACCUUCCACUUGACUAGUUCAGGCUUCAUCAUCAUGUCCCUCAAGACAGUAGCUGUGAUUGCUUUGCACCGGCUCCGCAUGGUCUUAGGGCAGCAGCCUAACCGCACUGCCUCCUUCCCCUGUACACUGAUGCUCACUGUCUUGCUGUGGACCACCAGCUUCACCUUGGCCACCCUGGUCACCUUGCGUACAUACCCCUGGAAAUCUAGGGUCUGCCUGCCUCACUUUGGGCUCAUUGGUGGUGAUGGAAAGAUAAUCUUGUACUUAUAUCUGGUGGACUUUGCCUUCUGCGUGGGAAUUGUAUCUGUGUCCUAUGUGAUGAUCGCUCAGGCACUGCGGAAGAAUGCCCAAGUGAGGAAAUGCCCCAUCAUCACCGUUGAUGCCUCUCGGCCGCAGCCCCUUAUUGCUACAGGCUUCGAGGGAAUGCAAUGCACUGUCCCUGCUCUCUAUCGGAACCAGACGUACAACAAGCUUCAGCAUGUGCAAACUCACCCAUACACCAAAAAAAUGAGUCAGACUGGCACUGGUGGGACCAAGUUCCAGCUGGUAUCUUCAGUUAAUCUGGCCACAGCAAAGGAUUCGAAAGCAGUUGUGACCUGCGUGGUCAUUGUGCUGUCCGUCCUGCUCUGCUGUCUUCCUAUGGGCAUCUCCCUGGUGCAGGAUGUGCUCUCUCCAGAGAGCAGCUUCAUCCUCUACCAGUUUGAGCUCUGUGGGUUCACACUAAUAUUCCUCAAGUCCGGGAUUAAUCCUUUCAUUUACUCCCGGAACAGCGCAGGCCUGCGUCGCAGGGUGCUGUGGUGUCUGCAGUAUGUGGCUCUUGGCUUUUUGUGUUGCAAACAGAAGACUCGUCUGCGUGCGAUGGGCAAGGGCAGCCUUGAAGUCAACAGGAACAAGUCAUCCCACCACGAAACAAACUCUGCCUACAUGCUCUCCCCUAAGCACCAGAGAAAGCUAGUUGACCAGGCCUGUGGGCCCAGCCACUCCAGGGACAGCAUACUGAGUCCCAAGGCAACAGGUGGCCACCAGCCCCAUGCCCAAAGCAGUUCCACGCCCAUCAACACCCGUAUUGAGCCUUACUACAGCAUUUACAACAGUAGUCCUUCCCAGGAAAUCAGCUCACCUAAUAGCUUGCAGCCUGUCAACUCUACCUUUGGCUUUGCCAAGUCCUAUGUAGCCAUGCACUAUCACACACGCAAAGACAUGCUGCAGGACUAUGAGAGCACCUCUGCACGACAGAUUCCUAUGCCCUCUGUGUGAGACCUGGAGAGAUGAGGCUUUCAUGCAGGGCUUGAUUCCUCUAAACUUUUCCAUAUGGCUUUGAACUCUGAAUGAAUGUAUCUUCAUGUCAUCAUUACUGUAUGGUUUGGUGCCCCUUUAUGAAAUUUAAUCUCUAACAAGAACCCAAAGUAUUAUUCACAUGUUAUGACAGUAAGACUGCCAGAAUUCUAUUUUUACAUUGAUAUUGCAUUUUGCAUAUUGUAAUAUUGAGAUUCUAUUGUCUUUUAUUCCAUAAAAAAGAUUGUAUCGUU